AUGCACACACACACUCAUACCCACACACACACACACACACACACACGCAGCUGGAAGAGCAGUAAGUUUGGAAAAACGGCUCGGAGAAGAAGACGCGGUGCUGCCACGAGCUUUUGGACUUUUAGGAUGUCUCGCGCGCUCCUGUUCAUUUAAGCGACCUGAUGUUGUUACAGUUGAAGAGACAAUUUUAGUAUUUCUUUUGUUUUCGUUUGUUUUUGUUUUUUUCUCCCUUCCCGUCCACACUCCGAACGAGCCGAGCGCGCGCGCGAGAUGCCAGCAUGCGUCCGGUGACGCUUCCGCUGCUGCUGUUCGCCUGUCUCGCGCUCCGGAGGCCGGCGGCGUGCGUGGAGCGUGUGUCCACGCGUGAGCGCUUCAAGGUGGUCAUCGCGCCGCUCAUCUGCAAGCGCACGUGCGAGCGCAACGGCCAGUGCCGCGACACGUGCGAGCAGGGCGACAACACGACGCUGAUCGGGGAGAACGGACAGGCCGCCGACACUCUCACCGGACACGGCUUCAGAGUCGUGGUGUGUCCCCUGACCUGUGUAAAUGGAGGUGUGUGUAGUAACCGUACACACUGUCUUUGCCCACCGGGUUUCACAGGCAGACUGUGUCAGUUUCCUCUCCGCACUCAGGCAUCACGCGGGAACAAGCAGCCUGUCUACACACUACAGGUGAGGCCGGAAGGUCCAGGUCUGUCGGAUUCAAGUGGACCAGCUGGACGCCAGCAGCUCACACACUCAGUGUUCACUCUGCCACUGCCCCAGGGCACCGGCCACCACUCGUCUGAGGUGCAGUUUAACGUACGCGUCCACCACCCGCCAGACACCUCAGUCGUCAUCCAGUCUUUCGACCAAUCAGAGCCCAAGCUUCCUAAAGGCGUGCCCCGCCAUCCUUCACAGACACAAAAACCCAGGGGGCGGUGCUUUCAGGAGACCACGCCCAAGCAAGCUUGUAACAGUAAUCCUCUCCCAGGCCUGACGAAUCAGGAGGACUGCUGUGGCAGCGUGGGAAAUUCCUGGGGUCAAAACAAAUGCUACAAAUGCCCAAAGCUCCCAUAUGCCGGGAAGCCGCAGACGAUAAUCGAGGAAUUUGGCUCCACAUGUCCUCAAGGUUACAAAAGAUUAAACCGAACACACUGCCAAGAUAUUAACGAGUGUAUGAUGCAGGGUGUUUGUCAGAAUGGCGAGUGUUUGAACACACAGGGAAGUUUUCGCUGCACCUGCAAACCUGGAUACGUCCUGAAAGACAGAACACGCUGUGUUGUGUCUGUGGUGGAUCAGGGUCCGUGUUUCCUCAUGGUGACGGACGCGGGUCGUUGUGAACACGCUCUCUCCACCAAUCUGUCGAGAGAGAUCUGUUGCUGCACGGUGGGAAAAGCCUGGGGCUCCAACUGCGAGAGAUGCCCACAGGACGGCACCGCCUCCUUCAGUAAGAUCUGUCCUGCAGGAAAGGGAAUGUCGUACCUGCAGUAUCGCAGCACUUUGGCCAUCCAGACAGACAUCGGGCAGAUUCCCAUCCUACCUCACAAAGAGAUCAAACUGCCGGAAGUUCCUGUUCAGGUGACCACGCCCAUGCAGCUCCAGCCAAUCAGCACACACAGCCCUCGCAUCCCAGUCCUCAUCCCCAGGCCGACGACGAGUCCCAUAAUCCACAUUCCCCGGGAGAAAGAGACUCUGGUGGUGGCGCAGACACAGGUCUCGCAGGUAGACGAAUGCAAGCUCAACAGGAACAUCUGCGGUCAGGGACAAUGUAUAAACACACAUAACGGCUUCACGUGUCAGUGCAAGGCUGGGUACCGUCCUCACACCCAGAGGAAGAGCUGCGUGGAUGAGAAUGAGUGUGAAGGGGAGCCAUGCGGUCACGGCCGAGGCACCUGCAUCAACACCGUCGGCUCCUACCGCUGCAACUGUCACCCCGGCCACCAGCUGAUAGGACAUCACAUGAAACCCCGCUGUGUGGAUAUAAACGAGUGCUCUACGCCGGACAUCUGUGGGAUCGGCGGACACUGCGUCAACCUGCCCGGCUCCUAUAAGUGCGAAUGCCUGCCUGGUUUCAGGAGCAAGUCACGGAGACAACCUGUGUGUGAAGAUAUUAAUGAGUGUUUGGACCCUGCUACUUGCCCUGAUGCACAGUGUGAGAACACAGUUGGAUCAUACGAGUGUAUUCCCUGCCAGCCUGGACACAAGGUGCAUGGAGGAGUGUGUUAUGAUGUGAACGAGUGUCAGAAGAGAGGCGUGUGUGUGAACGGCCGGUGUGAGAACUUACCUGGGACGUACCGGUGUCUGUGUAACGAGGGUUUCCGGCCCGAAGUUGACAGCAAGGGCUGCCGGGAUAUUAACGAGUGCCAGGACACCCGUUUGUGUGCGAAUGGACAUUGCAUAAACACAGAAGGCUCGUUUCAGUGCCAGUGUUACCCUGGAUACCAGCCGACCCAGGAGGGGAGCCACUGUGAGGAUAUAAACGAGUGUGAGCGUGCAUCCAACUGCCACAGGGGCCGCUGCAUCAACACCAUGGGCUCCUACCGCUGCGAGUGCCAGAAAGGAUACAUGCUGAUUAACGGACGCAGAUGCCAAGACAUAGACGAGUGUGAGGUGGACAGAAGCCUGUGCCAACCCCAUGGAGUGUGUGAGAACAGGCAGGGCGGAUAUGUGUGUGUGUGUAACGAUGGCUUUAUUCUGUCUGAGGACAAGCACAGCUGUGAAGAGGUGGUCCAGGAUCUGGACAAUAAGAAGGAGUGUUACCUGAACCUGGAUGACACGGUGUUCUGCGACAGCGUUCUGGCCACCAACGUCACCAAGCAGGAGUGCUGCUGCUCAGUGGGAGUGGGCUGGGGGGACCACUGUGAGAUCUACCCCUGCCCUGUCUAUCUCUCUGCGGAGUACCACUCUCUGUGUCCAGUGGGACGAGGCUUUUACCACGAGGAGGGAAUAAUGGAGUACGGCCUGCCAGUGCACAGAGACAUAGAUGAGUGUGUGUUAUUUGCGAAUGAGAUCUGUAAGGAGGGUCGCUGCAUGAACACACAGCCCGGAUUUGAGUGUUACUGCCAACAGGGUUUCUAUUACGACAGCAACCUUCUUGAGUGUAUAGAUGUGGACGAGUGUCACGACGAGUCUCUGUGCACUAACGGUCACUGUGUGAACACACGGGGCUCCUUCUACUGCACCUGUAACGCCCCGUGGACUCCGGACUCCAGCAACAAGAAGUGUGUCCUGCCCACAGACUUAGGCAUAAACGAAUGCCAGGACCCGUUGAAUUGUAAAAAUGGCCAUUGUGUGGACACGCAGGAUUCCUUCUACUGCAUCUGUACGCCGCCGUGGAUCCUCGGCACCGACCGGAACAGCUGUGUCACGCCAGAGGAACAGGCCGUAAUGUCUGUGGUGACCCUUUCAGAUGUGAAUGAGUGUCUGGACCCGUCGUACUGCAGGAACGGGAGGUGUGUGAACACUCCCGGCUCCUUCCACUGCAUCUGCGCUCAGCCGCUUACCUUCAGCGCCGCACUCAAGCAGUGCGUCUACGACGAUCGUACAGCAGCCCACAAGGAUGUUUGUUUUCAAGAAGUGGAUGAAGAUCUGAUCUGCACCGUCCCUCGUCCAGGGCUGGCAGUCACCUACUCCGAGUGCUGCUGCCAUUACGGCCACGGCUGGGGCCCCGAGUGCCGCACCUGCCCACAAAGAAACUCAGUGAUCUUUAAUCGGCUGUGUGAGAUGCACCUGGAGACCGAGUCGGAUGGAGACUCAGACUUCUUAGCACCCUUCAGUUAUAACCCAGAGAGGGACAGUUCAGAGGAAGACUCGGACGAGUGCAGCUGCGCUAACGGACGAUGUGUCCGUUCGUACCUGGGUACCAUGUGUGAGUGUAACCCAGGCUUCCGACUGGAUCAUUCACGGACGCGCUGUGUAGACAUAGACGAGUGUAUGGAGCGAGGGAUCGGCCGCUUGAACCCGUGUAAAAACGCCCGCUGCGUGAACACCAUAGGUUCCUUCAAGUGCAUCUGCAAAAAUGGCCAUUGUGCACACAGGCACAGCACGAGACACGUGUACACACACAAGAACACUAAGUAAAACACACACACCCAUGGCGACACACACACACACACAAGCUUCCGCUCAUCCUCCUCCACCCUCUGUUAGUUUUCUGUGGUUGAUUCACUUCCUGUAAACCGAAGUCCCACAAACUGUUUAUAAUUACGGUGUGAUGUUUUUUGAUUAUAUGUACAUGUUAAGACUCCCCUCCUCAUCCUCCUCUUCUUCCUUAUCUUUGAGGUGUUUUUUUUUUUUUUGCACAACUUCUGAUCUUGAUGUUUCUGGAUUGAGAAUGCUCUCGCGUUUUUCUUUUUCAAUCUCUCUUUCUUUUCUUUUUUUCAAGAUGACGUGAAACGGACAUUGUACUUGUGACCUAAGAGAAGCCUCGGCUCAGUUGAUGAUCAUGUUUUAGGGAGAGAGUCUAUUUGCAGCGAGUACGUCUAGCCGCUUGUGCUGCGUGUUUGCUGACGAGUCAGUAUUUAAAUGAACCCAUUCAGUGUACGCUACAUCCGGGUUCUUAUGAAGCUGAUUAGCGUUUAUUACACAUUUAUAUGCAGGACGUUACAUUAUGCCAUUGAAACCAAAGCAUGUCCAACGAGGCAGCAGCAUUUACAGACUGGAACACUAAGCAUCUUGCCUUGAUUUUGCACUAAUUCCUUAAAUGAAUUUUAAAAAGUUUAAACUUAGUGCAUAUAUAUAUAUAUAUAUAUAUAUAUAUAUAUAUAUAUAUAUAUAUAUAUAUAUAUAUAUACAACAUGUUCAGAUCUUACGGUUCUCACACUCUGGUACCUAAGAACAUUUUUCUAUAAAGUUCCUCUCACACUGAUGCUGCAACAAGGCAACAAGCCUAAACGCUUUCCUGUAAAAAAAAAAAAAAAAAAAAGACACUACAAUUAGCCACGCCCACAGAACUCCAUAAAAGGCAAAGAGAUCUGCAAGCAAGUGGAAGCCAUGCCUCCUUAAACAGCGUGUGCUCUCUCUUACAGGGUGCCAUUACUUUAAUCUCAAUCGAAUAGCUAGACUUAUUCCUCUUCAUUUAUGGAAAGGUUUUCUUUCUAUAAAAGCGUUUUCAGGCAGAAUUUAGACACAAAAAAAUAAGAAAAAAAAAGAUUUAAUUUAAUAUUGUAGGUUUGGGGGGUGGAGCUAAAUGAGCUUUUUUUUUUUUCUUUCAAUUUCGUUCCAAAAAUUCAGUGAAAUUUUGGAAAGUUCUCUUAGAAUGUUCUAGUAAACAAAGAGACUGUUUAGCUAAAAACAAACAAACAAACAAACAAACACUUAAUGCUAUCCUUAAACCCGGCUUUGUGAACUCCAGCAUUGUGUACUAUAAGCUCUCCAGUCUCGUUCUUAUUCUAAGAUGUAUUUUAUUUUUAUUGGUCCUAAUUCGCAUAAUCCUCUUUUUUUUUUUGUAUUUUUAAUUAUUUCCAUCCGUUCUUUUUCAUUUCAUUUCAUUUUGAUUAUUUUUGUUUUUUUGUAAUUUACUACAUGUGAUGAAUGUGAGACAGGUUUGGACACAAAACGGAACCGUAACGGAUUCUAUACGUGACAUCACCAGAGAGCCAAAGAACAAUAAAUCUGAGAUGAAGUGAAACCCAAAGAAAAAAGAAAGAUGUGAUUUCAUUUUUUUUUUUUUUUUCAGUUCUCCUUCUUCUUUAAGACAGGUCGUAAAUACUUCAUACAUAUGGAAGUGAAAUGGCGACAAAAGUAUUUGAAGCAAAAAAAGGUGGCGA